GGCAUAUCAAGUCAACCAGAUCCCCAAUUCUCUGUGCUUGUAUGAGACUCUUUCUCCCAUCUUGAACCACAGGGAUUUCCUUGAUCUCUCAACUUGAUCUUCGUCGACGAUACCGUCUACGAUCUUAGUCACCAUCAUGGCUGCUGCUGCUGCUUCAACCCCAUUACACUUCAUCGUACCCAUCUUUCCAGGCUUUCAGUUAUUGGACUUGGCUGGUCCACUGGACAUCCUCAACCUGCUCUCAUCCAAGCACCAGCCGAACCUCUCGUUGAAAUUCAUUUCGGAGAGCCUCGACCCUGUUCCUGUCAAACCCAUCGCGCUAAAAUCCGCCGACUGGUCAUUCGACCUGGAAGGCGCAUUUCCGCAAACGAACGGUAAAACCAAUACGACAUUCAAUGAGUAUCUUCAGCCAGACACCACAUACACAGAUUAUUUGGAGGCUCUCGGCUCAACCGCCAGCGCGGACAAGCCGGUUCUCGAUGUCAUACUCAUUCCAGGCGGGGUGGGCACACGGCUGACGCGAAUUCAUUCAGAUGGCAGCAAAUCUUCCAACAUUCAACCUUUGCUCGACUUUCUUCCCAAGGUGUUUCCUCACAUCAGCACUGCCAUCAUAACGGUGUGCACGGGUUCCUACGCCCUCGCUCUUACAGGUUUACUCAACGGCCGUCGCGCCACGACAAACAUGUCUCGUUUCGACGACGUCGCUAGACAGAAUCGCGGUGUAUCGUGGCAACAUGGGGCCCGAUGGGUUCGCAGUCUCCCAUCUGAGGCGCCAGAAAGUGCGUCGUCGUCCAUCGAGAUCUGGACGUCGGCUGGCAUUAGCGCUGGUAUGGACGGAACUUUGGCAUUCGUUUCGCAUUUCUACGGCGGUUUGGAAGUGGCACGAUCGUUGGCAAAGGACCUGGAAUACGACUGGCGUGAAAUUGAUGAAGGAGAGAGAGAUCCGCUGUACGAAAAAUUCUUCUAAUUAUGCAGUGUGAUUUUUCUUUGAUAUGAUAGGGUUCCCGCCGAAAUUCAUGGGGCUCUAGGCUACAUGUCGAAUGGUAUGUACGAGGCGACGAAGUUCCCAAGCCUUGUCACCUCUGGAACACAAACUUCCAUCAUUCGACUCAUAUGAUUUUAUCUGUACAUGUUUACGCGGAUAACAAGGACAUAAAAUUCUAUAUGGUGUUUCCUGUGCCGGGGGAUAGGAGCGAGGUUGAUGCCAAGUCCACACACACACUUAAGGGGCAAGGUUUGAAGAAUCCAGUAAAAGGGGAUGGGGGGGAUGUCAAGACUGCAGCCUCGAGCGUCCCAAAAUAGUCUUUCAUGUACUUUUGGUUCAUCUUGCGGCCUCAGGAUCCGCGUAACAAAAAAUACGAGAUCCCCC